GAUUUACGCACGCAAUGGAAGAGGAAGAACACAUCGUAUCAUCAUAUCUUAUCUGAGUACUUAAUUUAUUAAAUCACUCCUAGAAUAAUAUUUGGUGGGGAAGUUUGUCAUAUAUGCCGUGUGGGGUCCAUUUGAGAAUUCCUUUUUCGGGUCAUACAAAUGAAAGUUUGCAUCUUAGAUACCUUUUCUGUCGACGUCGGCCUUUUAACAUCUUUUUUGAGAUUAAAUAAAGUGGAACACUAUUUUACUAUUCAUUUUUAUUUUCCUUAUAAAAAAACAUUCUAGAUUUUUCAUCUUGGGUCUAUUAAAUGCGUUAUGAGAGUAUGUGACAGCAGUCAAAAGAAAUUAAGACAACAAAAGGAUAGAGAUUAGAGGCUAUAGAGAGUGGAAAAGCCAGGAAAGUGGAACCACCACCUUUUGUUUUUUCACUUCAAAAAAGGAAAUCUUCACUAUGAAUCCCUUUGCUGCUCUCUGGAACAUUUUUAGGCUUCUGAAGAUCUUACUCCAGGGAGGCCUUGGUGAGAGGAAACGAAUUCUUGAGGGUAUAACUAACUCUGUAAGAGCCAGGAUAGAAGACACCCAAGUAGCAUUAUCUUGCAUUCCUAUUCAACAAAGCAAGAAGAGAAAGAGGCACGAUGAUCAACUUUUCUGGGUCACCAAGGGUCGCGAACUUGUGAAGGAAGCAAAAACAUUGUUGGGACAAGUUAUUGAAGCUUGUCCAGAGAAGAAUGAAAGAGUUGAAGGAGAAAGCAUCUUCUCCUCCCAAACAUGGGAAAAGCUGGUGGUUAUCAACAAAUUAAUUAAUACAUUGUCAGCACAUGAGAAGGAGGCUGAUGUGCUUUUCAGAUGCGCGUUUUCUGACAAACAAUCCCCAGAUCAUGGUAAUAUUAUACCAGUCACAAAUAUUUUUGGCCAACAAGCUUUAGAUGCUUUGGAUCAACUUCAGGUUCUCUUAAGAAGUGAUGAAAUUGGAAGGAUAUAUAUUCAUGGUAUAGAAGGAAUUGGUAAGACCUUUUUGAUGAAGCACCUGCACAACUGUGUGCUAAAAUGGGCUGAGCCUGAGAAGUUUGAGUUUGUCGUCUGGGUCACUAUUCCUCGUCAAUUCAGCAUCGAGCGUGUGCAAGAUGCUGUCGCUGCUGCACUGAAGUGUGAUCUCCACAGUGAUGAUGACUUGAAUGUAAGGGCAAAAACACUAUCAGAUAUGCUUGCACGGCUUGGCAGUUUUGUGCUUUUCCUAGAUAAUGUCCCAGAAGCCCGUGUUUCAGACCUUGAUCGGAUAGGAAUUUCAGUCCCUGCAGCAGGGAGUAAGAGCAAAGUAGUUAUAACUACUAGGUUGACCUAUGUUUCUGAAAUGUUGGAUAGUUUCGGAACUGUGAAACUUGAUCGUCUCUCAGAUGAAGAAGCGUGUGAGUUGCUUAUGAAUGAAGCUAGCCCCAGCGGUAGAAUGAGAUGUGACUCCAUGCUUAAUAGCAUUCCUGGCUUACUUGCAAACCUGUGUCAUGGUGUGCCACGCACGAUUGUAGACAUAGCUACUUGUAUGCGUGGCAUUGAUGAUCCUCGUGAAUGGAAAAAUGUAUUAUUUGAGCUUGGGAGAACUCCUAUUUCAGGCGAUAUCAAUAGAGCUUGAUAUAUAACACCACAAAUUGAAAAUGUAGCAGUACAAGUUUAUAGUCUUUGACUUAUUGUUAUAAAAUGAGACCAGAUUUUGCGGGCAAAAUGUUGAGAUAGAGGACUAAAUUGAGGAUUAGUUGUAAGUUUUAAAUAAUUGAUGGUCUCAUAACACAAGGUAUUUAAUUACUUGCAAUGUUCAGUUGUAAAUAACCACAUGAAUGAAAGAAGAGCUUCCAGUGAUAUUUCUGCAGUACACUAGUUGUUCUUUGCAAGUAGGUUACCAGGAAGUGGAGUGAAGUAGGAGCUUGUAGAAAUUAUUUCAUAAAUAAUCUUUGUGUUGUUCUAAAUCACAAAAGUUAAUUGGAAAACUUUAAUUGCCCACUUUGGGAUGUCCAAACAUUAGUAGCUAGAUUUCAUACUUAAAGCCUCUAUCUCUUAACUCUUUUUAUUCACUUUUUUCACUUAUUUUUUCUUGUAUGUUUUUAAAAUUAAACUUGAUGAACGAUAAAAGAAUGUUAAGUGAAUUUAUUUAAGAUUUCUUAUGUUGUAUUAUCAUAGUUUUUUGUGUUAAAUAAAUCUCUUCACUCUGUUGAUUGAUUGAAUUUUUCGUUUUGAUGUAAUAUUUGAUCACGUUUGUUAAUUGAUUGAUAAGAUAUUUGAUUGAUGUAAAGGAGUUUGACUUUGUUUUUC